AUGAUGAUAAUGGAGCGCGGCAGAAGUGGCACGUGGCGUGCCAGAAGAUCACCGCGUACGGGGAUGUCGGGCUCUAUGAGGCAGAGCAUGACGCUGGAAGAUGUACAAAUGAAGACCGUGGCAUUGAAGUACAUAGAGAGCAAGUGGCUCUGCUCGGUGGAGAGCAAACGAAUCAUCUCGGUACUGCGCAAGUGUGUGUGGCCUGCUGAAGCGGGCAGUGCGCUAUCGAGAGGUCGCAAGAGUUGA